UGUUAGGCUAGUUGAUUGAUUAUUCAACAGGAAAUACAAAUAAGAUGCGUUACAAUUAAGAAGCAACUAAAAUAGUGCCAAAAAAGAAGCACCAAAAUCAGAGGAAGAGUAGUCUCAAUUUGUGAGGUGAAGUUGCAGCAAUUACUCCAAUAUUUGCCGUUCACGUACAAAGAUUACGGCAUUCCUUACACUCAACUAACUCUAUUUACAAACCGGAGCCAAACAUCCCCUACGCUACUGAACCGGGUUUUUCACCUUAAUAAAUCCCUGGCGCCGAAGUGGACGGAAGCUGAGAUAUUAACAAUGGAACCGACGGACGCCGGAGCUCCUCUUCUAUCGGGCCGGGUUCAGAUUAAUGGCAUUGAAGUUCCGAUAACUCUGACUACCGGAGGGAUACUCCGAUUGCCUGAACGGUGUUUGUCGAUUGAGAAAGAUGUCCUCGGCUUCACUGUUGAAGGUUCUCAGAUCAAAAUCAAUGCCGUCAUUGAGAGUGGACCCGGAAUUUGCUGCGCCGGUAACGGAGGAGCUCCGAUGAGGAAGACUUUCACUUUUGAGCCAUUAUCUGAGGAUUCUCUUCGGCGUUGGAAUCAACGACUCCAAUCAGUCCUCGAUUCACUCGGUCGUCCUAAGAGACUUUUUGUACUUCUGAAUCCAUAUGGAGGAAACCGAUCUGCAACCAAAGUAUUUCUUGACAAUGUAAUGCCCCUGCUCGAAGAUGCAAAUAUUCACUACACAUUGCAAGAAACUAAAUAUCGGUUACAUGCAAAGGAAGUUGCUCAUUCAUUGGAUCUUUUGGGAUAUGAUGGAGUUCUUUGUGUCAGUGGUGAUGGAAUUUUGGUUGAGGUACUGAAUGGACUGCUUGAAAGGGAGGAUUGGAGUUCUGCAAUAAAGAUGCCUCUAGGAGUAAUACCCGCAGGAACUUCAAAUGGGAUGGCAAAGUCUCUUCUAGAUUCUGUUGGUGAAUCUUGUACUGCAUUUAAUGCAACUCUUGCUAUAAUUAGAGGGCGCAAGAGAUCACUAGAUGUUGCUACAGUUUCACAGGGACAGAAAAAAUAUUUCAGUGUGCUGAUGCUUGCCUGGGGUCUUAUAGCUGAUAUAGAUAUAGAGUCUGAGAAGUAUAGGUGGAUGGGUAGUGCUCGAAUGGAUUUUUAUGCAAUACAGCGGAUAUUUUGUCUUAGAAGGUAUCAUGGCUGUAUUAAAUUUGUGGCUGCACCAGGGUUUGAGAAUUUUGGAGAACCAAAUGAACUUGGAGGUGAAAUCGAUGAGCUUAACUCGAAUUGGGUUGUGCAAGAUGGCUAUUGUGGUCCCACUUUUGACAUGAAGGGUUUCAACCGCAAGAUUGAGGGGCCUUUUGUCUCAAUCUGGCUUCACAAUGUACCUUGGGGAGGUGAAGAUGUUCUGGCAGCACCUAAUGCCGAGUUUUCAGAUGGUUACUUGGACUUGGUUGUGAUGAAGGAUUGCCCAAAGCUAUCCUUGGCAACGCUGAUGGGCGAGUUAAACAAAGGAGGUCAUGUUAGAUCACCACAUGUCUUGUACUUGAAGGUAAAAGCUUUCGCUUUAGAGCCUGGUCCACGAGCAGAUGACCCAAACAAGGAAGGGAUUAUUGAUGUAGAUGGUGAGGUCCUUGCCAGAGGUAGAGGAACUUACAAGUGUGAUCAGAAAACAUUGAUGGCCUACGACAAGCUCCAUAUCAAAGUAGAUCAAGGGUUGGCUACUGUAUUUUCUCCUAUCAGUUAACUUUUAUGUGAUUCAAUGUAUUUAAGGAAAGAGAAACUAAUUCUGACUGGUGGAUUCUGUAUAGAAUGAUGUCAGUAAAACGAAGGAUAAGAAUAUAUACCAGUAUUUUUCAUGGUUGCAUUGCUUCUGAA